UUUCUUAUGUAAAUGAAAACCUACCAUAAAAUGGAAUCGUCCUAUGUGCCUAUUUGUGACGUCACACGAAUCGUCCUUUUCGACCGGUAGAUUUUACCCAGUGAGACCAGCGGCAACACGUUGUGAAAAUGGGAGACGCUGAUAAAGGCAAGAAAGUUUUUGUGCAGAAGUGUGCACAGUGCCAUACCAUCAACAAGGGCGGUGCUAACAAAGUAGGACCCAAUCUGUAUGGAGCCUUCGGAAGACAAUCUGGCCAAGCAUCAGGAUUUUCUUACACCGAUGCCAACAAGAAGAAAGGUGUCACUUGGAAUGAGGAUACGCUGUUUGUGUACUUAGAGAACCCCAAGAAAUACAUCCCUGGAACAAAGAUGGUGUUUGCUGGUAUCAAGAAGGUCAAGGAACGAAAAGACUUAAUUGCUUACAUCAAGUCAAAUUCUGAUAACGUAUGAUGACAGGAUAUUUAGAUGAAUUAAUUGAACUAUUUAUGAAGUGAUUUCUUAGUGUUAAAACUGGUUUAAUGUCAUCAAAGUGAACAAAAGUCAAAUUUCAAGUGGGAGCCAUCAUCGUCAUUCUGCUGCAAGAAGAUUCAAGAACAUCUUGAAUAUUUUAUUUACAGGCAUAUUUUAUUGUCAGUUUUAUUUUGCAUAACAUUCAGCAUAAAUAUUUCUGUUACAUCAGAAAAUGGCAGUCCUAAGUAAUAUUUUGCUGUAUAUAAGCUAGUUGAAUAUUUUUAACCUUUGAGAUUUAUUAAUGUGAGUGUAAGAUAAAUAUGAGGAGAGAAGGUAGCUUCAUUUUCAGUUAUCUUUUUUAUAUUAUUAAACAUGACCAAAUUUACCCCAAAUGUCACCGGAUGGCUACAUAUUAUUACAGAUCUUAACUACAAUGUCAAUACUUUCUAUCUCGUUUCCAUUGGGCUUGUACAUGUUAAGUUGAGUGAAGGUUUUAAUAAAAUAGAUAGAAAUGUUA